UAACGGCGUCUGGGCCGGGCCACGGCUCCAAAACAAAGGGCAGGCGGCCCGCGGGGCGGCGGCGGGAGGAUGCCUCGCGCCCUGCCUAGGCGCUAACGGCCUCAGCGCGUCCCGGGCCGCGCCGGGAACGCCUGAGAGCCGAGCCCGCGCUGACCGGGGCCCGGGCCGGAUGGGCGCUGCGGGCCGGGGCGCGGACCGCGGAGCGGCCGUUACGUUUUUCUCUCGUCCCAGCUGUGUGGACAGUGCCACACGCCCUCCUGGACAACGACGGCUCUUGCGUGCAUUUUCCAGUGUUUCUUUUGUCAGAGAGGCCAGCAGAGCCGCGGUUCUUCCAGAACCAGCCCUGAGCUGAGUGAGGAGUGCCCAGGAGAGAUGGUGAAAAUGACAAAGUCCAAAACUUUCCAAGCGUAUCUGCCGAAUUGUCACCGAACGUACAGCUGCAUCCACUGCAGAGCACACCUGGCCAAUCAUGAUGAGCUCAUCUCCAAGUCCUUUCAGGGGAGCCAGGGACGCGCCUACCUCUUCAAUUCCGUGGUGAACGUGGGCUGCGGCCCCGCAGAGGAGAGGGUCCUUCUCACCGGGCUGCAUGCGGUCGCCGACAUCUACUGCGAGAACUGCAAGACCACACUUGGGUGGAAAUACUGUGGCCCCUGGUACCAGUCACAGCGCUUUCAGAAACCCCAGCUCCUCAGCUGAGGCGGGCAGUCCAGGCUCCAGUGAGGCAUGACCACACGGCUGCCCUCCAGCCUGGGUGACAGGCCCCAACCUAAAACAAAAAACAAAACACAUGUUCGGGCCCAUUUCUUCCUAAGCCAGGCUGUCUGCACCCAGCCUGCCCUCCGCCCCUGAGCAGAGCCUGCGUGUGGGAGGAGGCUGAGAGGGCUGCGGGGGACUGCAGGAGGCUGUGCCCGCCGUCAGGGACAAGCCUGGAAGAUCCCUCAGCGCCAGACCUGCUGGAGUGAGAGAGAGUCAGAGAGCCGCCCAUGAGCAGCUGCCCAGAUCCCUCUUCCCCGGAGACCUUGAUUUGAAGGUCGCAGUCCCCACCUCCUCUCCAGCCUUCACCUCUAGUUCCCUUCUCUCUCCACCACGUGGCUGAUCUGGCCUCCAAAGCCAACAAACCUGGCCCCCUCAGGCCCUGCACCCUCUUGCCCCACUUCCCUCCUCCACACUGCCCUGAGGUCUCUCUUCCAGGCUCCACUCUCUGCCCGACCUUUGUGGCCGAGUCCUCCCCUCCCCCAGGCCACCUCAGAUUCCAUGGUUUUGACCCCCUGGCCAUCUGCCGUCUGGUGGGUGCUCCCAUGCCUUCCCUGGCUUGUUUUUGUUUGUUUUUGAGAUGGUCUCAAACUCCUGACCUCAAGUGAUCCACCCACCUCAGCCUCCCAAAGUGUUGGGAUUACAGGCAUGAGGCACCACGCCCGGCCGGCCUGCCUGCCUUUUUUGAAGGAGGCUUUCCCAUUCAGGCUCUGGUGUUCGCCGGGUCCAGGCCACCUGCUCUCCCUCUUUCCUGAAUUCCUGAUCAUCUCUGGUCUCCCAGAUUCCUCGUGAGCUUUGGAAGGCCACAGUUCACAUGGUGGAAACGGGCUCCACAAGACUGGCACGCAUCCCCAGCCCUUCCCCCUGGUCAGUCAGCCCCUUACCCAUCUGUGGGCCCCACUUCCAGAAACCCCUGCCUUCCCUGCAUGGCCACCACACUGCAUUCCCCUCUACGGCUGCACCCGCUGCUUCCUGCUGGCACAGUCCUUCCUGUGUCUGCCACACCUGGGGCUGCCACUUGGGUAGGCAGGACCCAUCUUGGUCUUCUGUGUCCCUAGCACCAGGCCACACACUCAGCAAAACAAAAGGAUGAGGAUGUGUCUGUGGGAGAGAGAUGUUAACUCCUCUCCAUGCAGGGCCUUCUCCAGAUACCCUGUUUCUUUGUUGUUGUUGUUUUUGUUUUUAGACAGGGUCUUGGUCGAUCUCAGCUCAUUGCAGCUUCGACCUUCUGGGUUGAAGCGGUCCUCCCACCUCAACCUCCCAAGUAGCUGGGACUACAGGCACACCACACCCAGCUAAGUUUUUGUUGCGUAGGCUUGUCUCGAACUCCUGGACUCAAGUCAUCCUCCUGCCUUGGCCUCCCAAAGUGCUGGGAUUACAGAUGUGCACCACUGUGCCAGCCUCCGUCACUCUCCCUGUAUUUGCCUUCACUCUAGUUCUGCACAGAAUUCCUGGAGUGUAGUCUUUUGCAUCUCUUCAAGCCUCUUACAUCGCCCCACACGUAGUAAAUUUUCAGUAAACAGAUCUGCAUUCACACUGUCCUACAAGUAAUCCCAGCACUUUGGGAGCCUGAGGUGGAAGGAUCACUUAAGCCCCAGAGGCCAAGGCUGCAGGGAGCUAUGACCACACCACUGCA